AUGGCGUCGACCUUCGACGGGGCCGUAGAAGUGGAUGCAAAUAAUGCCAGACGGCCGAGCAGAAUGCACAUUGCUUCGUCCCGGGAAGCGCGUUUUGAAUUUGCCGCCAUGGUCAAUCAAGCCCCCCGCAAGCGUAAGGACGUUUCCAGCAGCAAGAAGUCUGAAGUAAUCCAACAACUUCAUCACUUUCUUGUGAAUGGCAAGUUAGUCGGUGGCGCAUUCACAAGAACUGCUGAAAUGCUCGACAUUGAACGCCGCAGUGUUGCCUAUAUCUGGGACACGUUUUGUACCCGCGGUACCCUGACGUUCAACAAGUGCGCCAAGGUUGGUCCGAAGCCCAAGUACUCCCCCGACGACGUCCGGAAUCUCGUACGUGAUGUUCCCAUGGACCAGCGAUCGACCACGAGAGACAUCUCCGCUGCCACUGGUCUCUCCAUGGGUACAUUAGCCGCCACCUGA